CCUACUCCUUUUCGUGGAUAGCUCCGCAGACAUGAAAUUGAGUCGGAGACCACCCUCUAUAGAUAAACAGAUAAAUAAAAUGGCCAUUGAAUUGAUACAAUUUCUCUUCUGGAAACAAACCCUAAUCUAUAGAGAGAGAAACUUUUAGUUUACAUUGAUCCCUGAGACUCGAUUCAAUCACAGAACUGACGAUUGCUAGAGAGAGAAAGAAGAUAGAAUAAUUAUAUUUCUUCCUCCCUAUGCAACCGGUUGAUUGAUUCAAUCUGGUGUUUUUUAGGGAGAGAAAUUAUAUUAAAUUAGAUAAAUAGAGAAAUAUCUUAUCGUUUGUCUUUCGGCGAUUCGAAAUAGGUUUUCAAAGGACCAAUCGGAUCGAGAACAAUCGGUGAUUGAAUUGUGAUCGGACCGAGGAAUAAUUGAUGAAUGAAUUGUGAUCGGAUCGCUGCAUGAACAAUAAAGGGGGAGAGGAAGCGAAUCGAUCCUCGCUCAGAGUGUAGGAAGAAAACUGAGCACAACAUGUCUGCCAUAGUGUGCGGCAAGAGAUCAUCCUUCUUUGAAGACCUGCAAUCGUCGCCGCCAGUUUCCAAGAGAAUUCGCUGUUCUUCUUCGUCGCCUGUUCGGUUCUCUCCUCCGAGGCCCACCACAGCCUCUCCUUCUUCUAAUCCCUCAUCGCGUUCGUCCCUGUUAGAUCAUCUCACUGCUCAUUUUCCUGACAUGGACAAGCAGCUUCUUGAGAGAGCUCUCGAAGAAUGUGGUGAUGAUUUGGAUUCGGCUAUCAGAAGUCUGAAUGAGCUACGUUUGGGAUCUACUGAGAACUUGGACUCUGCUGCGAGCAAAUCUGGCACGGCACAAGAAGCAGACGUUCAAUUUGAAGCCUCAGCAGAAGUGAAAUGGAGGAUUGGAGGCAUGGUGACACUUAAUGGCGAGGUUGCAUCUACCGAGUCAUCAGCACAAAAUCUGCCAAUGGAUGGUGCAGAGUGGGUGGAACUCUUAGUUAGAGAAAUGAUGAGUGCCUCUAAUGUAGAUGAUGCUAGAGGUCGUGCCUCCAGAGUGCUUGAGGUAUUGGAGAAGUCCAUUCGUGCACGUGCAACUUCGGAGGCAGUUCAGAGCUUCCAACAGGAGAACAUUAUGCUGAAGGAACAGCUAGAAGCAAUGAUUCAUGAAAACACGAUCCUCAAGCGAGCGGUUUCUAUUCAACAUGAACGCCAAAAGGAGUUUGAUGAUAAGAACCAGGAGUUGCAUCAUCUGAAGCAGCUGGUAUCUCAAUACCAGGAGCAGCUGAGAACUCUUGAGGUCAAUAACUAUGCUCUGACGAUGCACCUCAAGCAAGCUCAGCAGAGUAACUCCAUCCCCGGGCGUUUUAAUCCUGAUGUCUUCUAAUGACCCCAUUGAUUUUUGUUCUUUGACACAUUGACACAUGCAAGAAUACAUCCAAGUACUACCUGGACUAUAUUAUUAUUGAUAUCGGAACCCUCUUUUUAGUUUGAUCUGCUGGGUCAUUUGACGAGCAGCCAUGAUGUGGCUGUACUCUUUCGUGCCCAACUAGCCAACGAUGGCUAAGCCUUUGGAUUUUCUCUGCUGUUUCUUGUUUCUUGUAUUUGAUUUAAUAUGGAUAUAAUCUUCAUAAAUGUUGCAACACUUUUUUAGGAAUGGGAGACACAUACCAUUGUUGUGUAUGUUCCUCAAA